UUUUUUGUGCGUUGUGUUUUGUUAAGCGUCUAGUAACCCUAGCAUUGCUUGCAGAAGUCUUACAGGCGGUUUGGAGACAUAAGGCAGCUAAAUUUCUUGUCUUGGAGGUGGCCUAGAAUCUUGAUCGUUUGUAGCUAGGCCUGUGACCUAGCUGCGAGUGGGCAUCGCACCAUGGCUGGCCUUUCCAAAAUUAACUUUUUCCCCAGUGAAAACUGUCUGAGGAGCAAUAAGCAUCUGAUAAAAGAAGAUAACAGAAAGACAGUUAUAUGUAUCGAGGGGAACAUUGCAAGUGGAAAAACAACAUGCCUGGAUUAUUUUGCACAAACUACCAGCAUUGAGGUUUUGACAGAACCGGUGAGUAAGUGGAGGAAUGUUCGUGGUCAUAACAUCCUGGGCUUAAUGUACCAAGAUGCUUCAAGAUGGGGGAUAACAUUACAGACUUACAUACAGCUUACAAUGUUGGAGCAGCAUACCAGACCAAUGAUUUCCCCUGUAAGAAUGAUGGAGCGAUCAAUUCACAGUGCAAAAUACAUUUUUGUAGAGAAUUUGUAUCGAAGCGGAAAAAUGCCCGAGGUGGAUUAUGUUGUCCUAACUGAAUGGUUUGACUGGAUCCAGAGCAACACUGAUGUUUCAGUUGAUAUGAUAGUUUAUCUGCAGACUUCUCCUGAAGUUUGUUAUGAGAGAUUAAAGAGAAGAUGCAGAGAAGAGGAAAAGAUCAUUCCUCUGGAAUAUUUAGAAGCUAUUCACCAGCUCUACGAAGAGUGGCUCAUUAAACAUACACUGUUUGAAGUUUCCUGCCCAGUGCUUGUUAUUGGAGCUGACCAUGACAUGCAGAAAAUGAUAGAAAAGUAUGAAGAAAACCGGGACCAAAUACUAAACCCAUAUAGUAUGCAACACCAUUUAUAGAAGUCUGUGAUUGUUGUGUUGUAAAAAACAUGUUUAUGAAGACUGAUUUGGGGGAAAUUUUGAGUAUUUUUAGUAUUUCUAAAUAUAAUGGGUUUUGCUUUAGAAUUAUGCUUUGUAGAAUGUUGUGGACUUACUGCUCUGAAAUGUUCAGGUACAAGUCAUAAACAGAAUAUAAGCCAAUUCCCUUGCAUGUUUUGAGGUUCUCCAUCAACUUUACUGUGUCAAUUCUAUUCAGCUAAAAUAUGACUAUUUCUCCCUCCUCCCACUUCACUGCUGCUUCCUAGAAGUAACCUAAGUUUCUUCUUUUUUUUUUUUUUUUCCCCAGAGACAACCCUAAUUUUGUAAUUUGAAAGACAGUUCCACACAACAGGUGGGAUGUCCUUUUUUGUUAUUAGAAGCAGCAAAUGAAUGCAUCAAGUUAAAGUAGCUUUGUUAAAUAGGUCUUACCAGGUUGAAACAGGGGGUCUUACUCUAAUCCUACUUACACUAGUGCAGUUUCAUUGAAUUCAUUAAGUUUCUUGUGCCUUGCAUGAAAUCACAAUAUGGUUGUAGUUCUGAAAAUAACUAUGCAUUAGUAUAGUCCUACUAAAUUCAGUGGCAAAAAAAGAAUAACCGUGUUCAUAAAUGAUUGCAAGAGGGCUCUGAGGCUUUUUAUUAAGCUAGGUUUUUAAAAGGGAUUAUUUCUCUCUACUGUUCAUGAAAUCACUGGCCCUGCUAUAGCCAAGCUGAGGACUAGUGAAAAUACAGAGUGCACAGAACUAUAUUUGUUCUUCCUUUCAGAUGGUUUUUAAAAAACCUAGAGUUAAGUGAUUUCUUAACUAUUCUGAAUUCUUUGAUUGUACUUUAUACAGAUGGCUCUUUGGGUUCAUAUCUUGAUCAGUUUGUGAUUUACAGGCACUUGGAGAGUAGAGAAAAAUAGUGGGGGUUUCAUUCUUGCACUUGUUAGCUGAAGCGUUGAGUUGCCCUUAAUUUCUGCUUUACCCUCUGAGCAUUGUCUUCAAGAUAAUCAUUUUAAUGCAGUUAUGUUUUCACAUUACUUUUUCUAUUUAAUUUGAGAAGAAUGAUUCCUGAAGAACAGUAUAUAAUAUUUUUUUUUCUGUAAUAAUUUUUGUUUCACUGCAGCAAGCAAGGCUAACCAGUGCUUUAAAACAUUUAUAGUAAUAUAGCUGAGCAUCUAUCAUAGUUUUUGUAGUGAAUGCUCCUAAAAACGGCUAAUGUCCAAGACUUCAGUUAGUACUUUGAUCACUUAUUGCACACAUUUGUCUGUAACUUGUUGGAGGAUAUAAAUUUUCAGUUACUUGGCUUUUCCAUGUUCCACCUGAUUUUGAACAAUACUUGAUGGUGUUACUUUUUAAGAUCAGUUCACUGCUUUCAUUUUGUAGCUUUGUGGUAGCUGGUUUUGUGGUGUGUCUAUGAAUCACUGUAUUGAAAUGACUGCACCAUUUUCCAAGUCAGGAAAUGCGGUUCAUUUCUUGUUAUUUCCAUCUGGUGGGAUAUUUUUUCUUUUUUUUUUUUUUUUUUUUUUUCCCCAAAUCAG